UGGAUAAGAAAAAACGCCGCCUCCAUUUUUACACUCUGUAAGCUUCCCGCUCUCUCAAUAUCUCUUCUUUUGCGAGUUCCUCUAUCUCUCCCCUUCCAUAGACUGAAAUACUAAGACCUCAUUAACGUCCAUUUCUUUAAUUUAUUUAUAUUCGACUAAAAUGGAGUUCUAAACAUCAAACCCUCUUGCUUCCUUCCAGUUGGAGGUGGAGAAUGGAUUUAACCUUGCCUGCAAAGCAUUACACAGAUGGGUUCUGUUUGUUUCACCGUCACACAACCAAAAACCGCGACCGGAGAGUUACGGCCAAAGGAAGGGUUUCGUCGGAGACUAGUUCUUUAAGGCUUCACGUGGGAGAAAAAGGGAAACAUCGGUUUUUUGUUAUUCCUUCUUAUGGUUCUGACGAACAAUUUGUCCGUGCGGUUCCGAGGGUGGAUACUUUUAGUUCCAAUGGUAGAUUGCCGCACGGUGAGAAAAAUCUUCAUACCCAUUUGAAUGGUUCCAGUUCUUCAUCAUCUUCAUCUUCGAAUUAUUCGCAGAGUUCUGAGGAAUUCGAGAACAACAAUCAUCUUCGUCGAUUGGUAAGAAAUGGGGAACUGGAAGAAGGGUUUAAAUUUCUGGAGGAUAUGGUUUAUCGUGGUGAUAUUCCUGAUAUAAUAGCUUGUACUAGUUUGAUUCGUGGUUUGUGCAAAACUGGAAAAACUAGGAAGGCAACUCGUGUAAUGGAAAUUUUAGAAGAUUCUGGUGCUGUUCCUGAUGUGAUAACUUACAAUGUUCUUAUUAGUGGUUACUGUAAAUCUGGUGAAAUUGGCAGUGCUUUACAGCUUUUAGAUCGAAUGAGUGUUUCUCCUGAUGUUGUCACAUACAAUACAAUCUUGCGUACACUCUGUGACAGUGGUAAGUUGAAGCAAGCAAUGGAAGUUCUUGAUAGACAGUUGCAGAGAGAGUGUUAUCCUGAUGUAAUAACCUAUACUAUUUUGAUUGAAGCAACUUGCAAAGAGAGUGGAGUUGGACAGGCAAUGAAAUUGUUGGAUGAAAUGAGGGACAAAGGAUGUAAACCUGAUGUUGUUACUUAUAAUGUUCUUAUUAAUGGGAUUUGUAAGGAAGGAAGGUUAGAUGAAGCUAUUAAGUUCUUGAAUCACAUGCCUUCCUAUGGCUGCCAACCUAAUGUAAUCACUCAUAACAUCAUUCUGCGUAGUAUGUGUAGUACAGGAAGGUGGAUGGAUGCCGAGAAGUUGUUGGCCGAAAUGAUUCGGAAGGGUUGUUCGCCUAGUGUCGUUACUUUCAAUAUCCUGAUUAAUUUCUUAUGUCGAAAGGGUUUAAUUGGUCGAGCAAUCGAUGUUUUGGAGAAGAUGCCUCAGCAUGGAUGUACUCCAAAUUCCUUGAGUUACAACCCUUUGCUCCAUGGAUUCUGCAAAGAGAAGAAGAUGGAUCGAGCGAUCGAGUAUCUGGAUAUCAUGGUUUCUAGAGGCUGUUAUCCAGAUAUUGUGACGUACAAUACUCUAUUGACAGCAUUGUGUAAAGAUGGGAAGGUAGACAUCGCGGUUGAGAUACUGAAUCAACUUGGUAGUAAAGGUUGCUCUCCUGUUUUGAUUACAUACAAUACAGUCAUUGAUGGGUUGUCAAAGGUAGGAAAAACAGGAGAUGCCAUAAAACUUCUAGAUGAGAUGAAGGGAAAAGGACUCAAACCCGAUAUAAUUACGUACUCCACGCUCGUUGGUGGGCUGAGCAGAGAAGGAAAAGUUGAUGAAGCAAUUGCUUUUUUUCACGAUUUAGAAGAAAUGGGUGUGAGACCAAAUGCUAUCACAUACAACUCUAUCAUGUUAGGACUCUGUAAGGCUCGACAAACCAUACGAGCCAUCGAUUUCUUGGCAUACAUGGUUGCCAGAGGCUGUAAACCGACGGAGGCUUCAUACAUGAUCCUUAUCGAAGGAUUGGCUUAUGAAGGUUUAGCCAAGGAGGCAUUGGAAUUGCUUGAUGAAUUGUACUCUAGAGGAGUUGUGAGGAAGAGUUCUGCAGAGCAGGUGGUUGUCAAAAAUACUUUCUAAUGUUUUUUUUUUUUACUUCAUCUGUUAUUUAAUGGCCUUGGAUUUCAUCAUGAAAUCUUCAUAGAUAUGGGAUUUUUUAUGAUCUUAGAGCCAAAUUAUGUUUGCAUAUUUGUGAUAAUGGGUAGAAUCCAAAUCAAUUUUGUAAUAUAAAAUGCUCAACUUGAGUAGUUUUGUAGUAUACAUUAGAUUUGAUUGAAGCCAUUGCCCUUUGUUAA